AUGGAAGAUUCCCAGCUACCGUUGGUCCGGUCGGCAAGUGGUGCAUGCGACGCAUGGUCAAGGUUGGAAGACCACUUCGAGAAGAAGAGUCUUGCCAACAAGCUGUUCUUGCGCCGUCGCUUCUUCACGACAAUGAUGGAAGAAGGCGACGAUGUGCUCGAACACAUCAACAAGCUCAAGACGCUGGCGGAACAGCUAGAAGCGGUGGGGGCUCCAGUCUGCGAGGACGAUCUGGUGAUCACACUCCUCGGCAGCCUGAGUGACUCGUAUCAAUUCUUGAUCACAGCUUUGGAGUCGCGCUCAGACACUCUUAGCUGGGAGCUCGUGACGUCUCGACUGCUUCAUGAAGAAAUGAAGCGGAAGGAGCAAGGAAGUAAAGGUGAUGAAGCUUCGCAAGGUCAAGCGUUCAUCACAAGGGACAAUCAGCGCAAAGGGCGACCAGUGAAGAAGUCCUGGCCGUGCCACAAUUGCGGAAAGAUUGGUCACUGGAUGGCGGAGUGCCCCUCGCGCAUCCAAGAAAACACGGAGAGACACCGGCCACAGCGUGCUCAAGACAGCGGCGACCGCUAUCGAUCACAACGUGCAAACGUCGCUCAAGAAGAAGACUCGGGCGACUACCUCUUUUCGAUCGGUGAAACGACAUCUGCGAAAUCGAGCGACAUCUGGCUGGUCGACUCCGGGGCGACGCAGCACAUGACGUGCUCCAAGAAGUUCAUGCGGAACUACAAGGGGUUUGACGCUGUGGAUGUCCAUCUCGCGGAUGAUGGAAUCGUCCAAGCAAUCGGCAGUGGGGACAUUGUCAUGUCGAUGAAGACACCCCAAGGGAUGAAGAAAGGUGUGCUCACAAACGUGUGGCACAUCCCAAAGUUAUCCAGAAACCUGUUCUCGGUCGGCCGCUUCACCAAGGAUGUCGGCCCAGUGACGUUCACGAAGGAUGGGUGCUAUGGAGAAGCGAAAGGGACCAAGUGGAAAAUUGGUGCCCGUGAAGGUAAAGGACUGUUCAAGCUGCAAAUGACUCCAGUGGCGCCGGAACAAGCAAAUGCAGCCAAGUCGUCGGGAUGUCAAGGGGGCACCAAGUCGUACCUCUGGCACCUUCGGCUUGGCCACAUAGGUCACGAUGGACUCAAUUGCAUCGUGACGAAGAACAUUGGAAUUGGCAUCGACAUAUCUUCGGUGAAGAAGUGGGACGUGUGUGAAGGUUGUGCUCUGGGAAAACAGACUCGAGUGCGCUUCCAAUCAAACACUACAGCUCGCACCUCCAAACUCCUCGAAGUGAUUCACAGCGACGUAUGCGGACCGAUGUCGAUGGCAACUUUCAGUGGAAAACGGUACUUCGUGACAUUCAUUGAUGACAAGUCAAGAUACUGUGUCGUCUAUCUGCUCAAGAGCAAAUCUUAA